CCCGCGCUGCCCCGCUGCUCGCCGUGCUGGCCACACUUCUCACCGCCGCCGCUGCAGGCGGAGACGCACCGCCGGGGAAAAUCGGUGCGGGAAGGAUGCGGUGGGGUGCUCACUGAGGACGGGCGGGAAGAGGGUUCGCAGCUGUUAUUGGAGCUGGGAUUGGGGGCUCUGCUGUGGCCCAUUUCCUUCAGCAACACUUUGGACCCCGAGUGCAAAUUGUCGUCUAUGAAAAAGGGACCGUAGGUGGCCGCCUGGCCACCAUCUCCGUCAACAAGCAGAACUACGAGAGCGGAGCUGCCUCCUUUCACUCUCUGAGCCUCCAUAUGCAGGACUUCGUCAAGCUGCUGGAUGGAGCAGCUGAGACCAGAGAGGGGAAAGAACUUGCCUGAGGUACACAGUGUUAGUUGCAGAGCCGGGAUUAGAACUCAGGGCUGAGACAGAGGCGAGAGGUGGUGGGAAGGAGCGCCAUCUUCGGAGGAGAACAUUUCGUGCUGGAGGAAACCGACUGGUACCUGCUGAACCUCUUCCGCCUCUGGUGGUACUACGGCAUCAGCUUCCUGAGGCUGCAGAUGUGGGUGGAGGAAGUCAUGGAGAAGUUCAUGAGGAUCUACAAGUACCAGGCUCACGGCUAUGCCUUCUCGGGCACAGAAGAGCUGCUCUACUCACUGGGGGAAGCCACCUUUGUCAACAUGACCCAGCGUUCCGUGGCUGAGUCCCUGCUUCAGGUGGGCGUCACCCAGCGCUUCAUUGAUGAUGUCGUCUCCGCUGUCCUACGGGCCAGCUAUGGCCAGUCAGCAUCAAUGCCCGCCUUUGCUGGAGCCAUGUCACUAGCUGGGGCUCAGGGCAACCUGUGGUCCGUGGAAGGGGGCAACAAGCUGGUUUGUUCUGGUUUGCUGAAGCUCGCCAAGGCCACUGUGAUCCAUGCCACAGUGACCUCUGUGACCCUGCACAGCACAGAAGGGAAAGCCCUGUACCAAGUGGGGUACGAGACUGACAAGGGCAACAGCUCUGACUUCUACGACAUCGUGGUCAUUGCCACACCCCUGCACCUGGACAACAGCAGCAGCAACAUCACCUUUGAAGGUUUUACUCCACCCAUUGAUGACAUUCAGGGCUCUUUCCAGCCCACUGUGGUCUCCCUGGUCCAUGGCUACCUCAACUCUUCCUACUUUGGUUUCCCUGACCCUAAGCUUUUCCCCUUCGCCAACAUACUCACCACAGACUUCCCGAGCUUCUUCUGCUCUCUGGACAAUAUCUGUCCUGUCAACAUCUCAGCCAGCUUCCGGCGGAAGCAACCCCAGGAGGCAGCAGUGUGGCGAGUGCAGUCCCCGAAGCCCCUCUUCCGGACGGAGCUGAAGACCCUCUUCCGUUCCUAUUACUCCGUCCAGACAGCGGAGUGGCAGGCCCACCCCCUCUACGGCUCCCGCCGCACCCUCCCAAAGUUCGCACUCCACGAUCAACUCUUCUACCUCAAUGCCUUGGAGUGGGCGGCCAGCUCCGUGGAGGUGGCGGCUGUAGCAGCUAAGAACGUGGCUUUGUUGGCUUAUAACCGCUGGUACCAGGACCUGGACAAGAUUGACCAAAAGGACUUAAUCCAUAAGGUCAAGACUGAACUGUGAGGGCUCCGAGGAGAGCCCAGGAACUCUGUCCCACACUGAAGAUGAAGCCCACUCCAGCAGCACAGGACUGACUAGGUCACAUUCACGGGCUGCGCGGCUUUCUCUGCCCUUAUAUAUUGAGCAGGUCCAGGUGAUCUGCUGUCUGCUUAUCUAAGGAUCCUCUUAGAGGCUGCCUAUUUUCAUUUUUUGAGGGAGAGAUUAAGAAAAGGGAAGCAAAUUCAAGUCAGUAGGUUUUUGGGUUUUUUGCUUUGUUUUGUUUUGGUUGGUUGGGUUUUGUUUUGUUUUUUUGGGGGGGGUUUGGUUUUGUUUUCUGGAGUUUGGGUUUUGUUUUUGUUGGUGAAUUUUUUUUUUUUUUUUUUGGGUUUGGUUUGGUUACUGUUUUUCAAGAAGAAAUAAAAAUCCAUCCUCCAAGCCA